AUGGCCGGCGAAUCGCCUCACCCCUUGUUUGAUUCGCACAACCAUCAAGCCUACAUGGAAUACGCUCUCGAGAAGGCACGCCUCUCACCUCCAGCCCCUACGAAGUUUUGUGUCGGAGCAGUCCUUGUCGAUGGAGAGAGCGGUGAGAUUCUCUCCACUGGCUACUCAUUGGAACUGCCUGGUGAUAGACCGGGAGACCCAGGCUCGACACAUGCUGAACACUGCUGCCUCAUCAAAGUCGCCGAGAAACAUAACGUCCCAGAUGAUCACGUCGGCCAAGUGUUACCCGGAAACACUGUUCUAUACACGACCAUGGAACCAUGCAACGAGCGGUUGAGUGGCAAUCGAACUUGCGUGGAGAGGAUCCUCCGGCUCAAAGACUCGAUCAAACUGGUCUACGUGGGGAUUACAGAGCCUGGAACAUUUAUUGGUCUGAACGAAGGCAGGAAGCGACUGGAGGAGGCAGGUGUCGAGGUCAGACAGAUCGAGGACAGUGAUCUUCGAGAGCGGAUAUUCAAGGCCUCUACUGCAGGACAUGAUCAAUAG